AUCGGAUUGGGACAUCAAACAACCGGCAGCAACGAAUGACUGUUUGUCUUGUUUCCUGUAUUCUAGACUCUGAUUUUCCGAAGAAAAGCAGAGCAAAGAAAAAGGAAAAAGAAAAUAAAAGAGAGCCGCCUCAAAGAUCUUGAAUUCUUCAAAGAGAAAGCAAAAAAGAAAAAUUGUCACAGAUUCAAAGAGAGAAAAAAGAAAACCCAAAAAAGAAUUAAAAGCCUUUCAAGCUUCAACUUUUUACUACAACAACAACAAAAAAGAUGGGAUUUUUCAAUUACGGCGUUGCCGGCGUUGGUUUCAUCUUGAUCGGGUUCUGGGAAUUCAUCAACUCCUUAAACCCAACCCUAAACCCGAAUCCAACUCCAUCUUCUUCUUCACUUUCAACCCAGAUCAAAUCUGCCUCUAUUUCUAAAACUAAAGAGGACCCUUUUUCUUCUUCACCAUCUUUCAUCUUUGUAUCAAUCUUUUCCCUUUCGAUUUUCUUGAAUUCUGUGGUUUCAAUCUUUGAUGCUUUCAGUUCAAAAGAUCGGGUGGGGACGGUGCUCCAGUUACAAGUGCUCUCACUUGCUCUGCUCUUCUUGCUUUACUCUGCUUUGGGUCUUUUAAAUAAUAAGAAAGGUUCAUACUUUUGGCCUGAUCCUGUUCUUGAAUUAGUUCUGCUUUUAGCUUUUGUUGAAGAAUUUUUGUUGUAUUACUUGCAAAGAAAGGAUACAAGUGGGAUUGAGAAUAGAUAUUUUGAUCUUUUAUGUGUUCCCAUAGCAAUUUGUGUGGUUUCAACAAUGUUAGAAUUGAGAUCUAACAGGUCCAUUUACUCGAAAUCGGUACGAGGUAUUGGGUUGAUUUUACACGGAACAUGGUUUGUGCAAAUGGGAUUUUCAUUUUACUCUAAUUUGAUGGUUCAUGGAUGUAGCUUACAUGAAAAAAGUAGAGGGAAUUAUACUAUUAAAUGCAGAAGUCACCCUGAUUAUCAUAGAGCAAGGUCUAUUGCCACAUUGCAAUUCAAUUGCCAUCUUGCUUUGGUUGUGGUUCUGGUUGUUGGGAUGUUAUCGCUUAUUGGCAAAAGAAAUGGUGUUGCUGUUGGUGCUUCAGGGGAUGGUUUGCGGUAUAAGCCAUUAGGGGCUGAAAUACAGCUAAUGGGUAGUAAUGGGGGGAAUUUCACUUUGGAUUCCGAUGACGAUCUCGACAGUGGGAUUAAAGAAGAAGAUGAUUUGGUGAAAGAGAAGUCGGCUGUUGUGGAAUUGGGUGGUAAUGGCCAUGCUUCACAUGUCUGAGGCUUCAAUGACUGAAAUCAUCAAGGCACUCAGGAAACUUCCGAGCCCGAAAACACUUGUGUACAGUGCAAACCCCAUCGUUCGCAUCCUAACAGGGAACUCAUCUUCCUGCUGAUCUCGAGCCUCUUUGUUUCGACAACUGCAGCUAUGAUCAUAGCAAUGAUGGAUAGAAACAUGCCGACUCCCAUCCUCUGCAUUACGGUAAUACCUUUUUGAUUGCGGGUAACAAUUUGGGUGAUUGGGAUCAAAACUUUGUCAUAUAAUGGCAUCAUUAGUAUUAUAGAUAACGUAAUUGCACUUUGUAGUGUUGCUGGUGGGAUCUUGAAGUUCCUACCGAUGUUCCUCUUCAUUGUCAUGCCUUGUUUCGUAAAAAAGGUUGCAGGUUGUUGGAAAAUUACAGCAAACAUCAGAAGCAUUGCCCAUAUUGGCAAAAGCCUGAGUACUAUUUUAGCGUUUUCAAGCAGCCUAUAAAACAAGUGAGAAUGAUAUCAGAAACUCAUGGGAAAUCACAAAAUCUGAAGCUUCCUCGAUAUCCCAACAUGAAAACUUACUCAAGCUCCCCUACAUCAGACUUGUCAUCUGAUUCGGUUACCACAUGUGAAAAUUGCAACUGAUGUAAUCAUUGCAAACAUGGGGAUGGCAAAUCCAAGUAUCCAACCAAAGGUGUCUUGGAUGUAGGACAUAAGUAUGACACCUAAGAGGCUGCCACUACAAACACCAAAAUACCACCAUUGGAAGAAUAAACUCUUUUUGUUAGAGCUUUUGUCAUCCUUGCUAGAGGGUAAUUCUUCAUCAUGAUCCAGUUGGUCAGCUCCAAAGGCUUGCAAAGAUGGGUUAUAUGCACCUUGGCCUAGUGAAAUCAAACACAGAGACCAAAACAGGAAUGCUGGGGAGCUUUUGUUGCUUGGUGGUGACCAUGUCCAUAUCGUUGCUGUUGAUGCCACUGCUCCAAGUCCCUUCAGUUUAAAAAAACGAUGUAAAAUACUAUACCACACGAAAAACUAGCAUGAAAACAGUAUAAAUACACAGAUAUGUCAACCUUAUAACAUGAA